AUGGAGAAGAUCUCCACGGCCACCAUAGAUUUCCCUUUGGUACUCAGAGUUGAAUCCAAGAAUUACCAGCAGUUCCUGGCCUUGGUGUUUUCAGUCAAAGAGAUCAACAAGGAUUCGAAUCUCCUUUCGAAUAUCACUCUUGGCUUCCACAUCUACGACAAUUGCCAGAUUGAGAGGAAUAUUUCAUUAAUCAGCCUCUCCCUUCUCUCCACACGAGGUCAAAUGGUUCCAGGUUAUAAAUGUGACAGGGAGGACCCUCUGCUCUCUGUCAUUGGAGGUCACAGUUCCAAAUCCUCAAUCCAGAUGGCCUCCAUCUUCAGUAUCUUCAAGGUCCCACAGAUUCUUCCCUAUUUGAAGAACGUCCAGUUCAACAACAGUGCUGGAGAUGAGGUCUCCUUCUCAGAAGAUGGUCUGGAGUCUGCUCGUUAUGAUCUUCUCAACUGGUUUUGGUUCCCCAACCAAUCUUUUGUCCCUGUCAAAGUUGGGCAAAUAGAUCCUGGGGCUCCUCCUGGCCAGGAUUUCACCAUUAAUUCUGAUGCAAUCACGUGGCCUACAAAGGUGUGGUCUGAAGAGGUGCCAGGCAGGAUAGAGGAGAAGAGUUCCAGAGGGCGAGCAGAUGCAGCUCACUGUGACCCCUGCCCAGAAAACCAAUAUCCCAACAAGGACAAGGACCAAUGCAUUGCCAAGAAGCUCCACUUUCUUGCCUAUCAAGAGACCCUGGGAUACACUUUGGCUUCUCUAGCUCUUUUCCUUUCUCUGAUCACAUCUGCAGUAUUGGUGAUUUUCCGUAAACAUCAUGACACACCAAUAGUCAAGGCCAACAACCGAGAUCUCACCUACAUCCUCCUAGUCUCCCUCCUGCUGUGCUUCCUCUGUUCUUUCCUCUUCAUUGGUCGACCCAGGAAGGUCACCUGUCUCUUCCAACAAACUGCCUUUGCCAUUCUCUUCUCCAUUGCAGUUUCCUCUGUCUUGGCAAAAACUGUCAUGGUGGUUCUGGCCUUCAUGGCUACCAAGCCUGGGAAGAGGGCAAGGAAAUUCUUAGGAAAACCACAGACCAACUCCAUUGUCAUAGUCUGUCCCCUGAUCCAAGCAGUUAUUUGUGCCACCUGGCUGGCAACGUAUCCUCCAUUUCCCAACAUGGACUUCUACUCCUUGGUAGAAGAGACCAUCUUGGAAUGUAAGGAAGGCUCAGCUUUCAUGUUUUACACUGUCCUUGCCUACUUGAGUUUCCUGGCCCUCAUCAGUUUCACAGUGGCCUUUUUGGCUAGGAAAUUGCCUGACAGCUUUAAUGAAGCCAAGUUCAUAACUUUCAGCAUGUUGGUCUUUUGCAGUGUUUGGAUCACUUUCCUCCCCACCUAUCUGAGCACCAAAGGGAAGUCCAUGGUGGCUGUGGAGAUCUUCUCCAUCUUGGCCUCUGGGGCUGGUCUCUUGGCUUGCAUCUUUUUCCCCAAAUGCUACAUUAUCCUACUGAGGCCCCAUCUGAAUUGUAGAGAGAAUAUAAUGAGGCACAAGAAACUCUGA